AUGUCUUCAAAUGUCGCGGGAACCGGGGCCGACCCCCAACCUAAGAAACGUUUCUCCGUCCGCCCUAUUCACGGCAACUGGCGUCAAAGUAUCAAAAGGCUCAAACGGAUCUUGGCCGAUCUCCGAGCUGGCAUGCAUUUUGGCCUUUCACCAGCCCGCCCUGAUAGCAGCACCCGCAAAGAGCCAGAAGAUAGCAAAAGAUCAGAAGACAACGAGCCCCACGAAGCCCCGGCGGCAAGCUUCACCGAGCAAACCCCAAAGAGAGAAGACGAGUCUAGCCCAGCCAAACAUCCUAACCGGGAUCCCAGUCAAGUCAGGAGUGGAAGUAGAACCACCACAGCUGGCAAAAAGUAUUACAAGUAUUUGAGGGUUCCAUCAAAUUCCCCGGACAGAGGCAGUGUCGAGACAACUCUCAAGGGCAAAACUAGAGUUGAUGUUAUCCCCGAUGAAAGCUUCAAGCGUCCGUUCAUUGGUCAAAAGCCCGAGGCAAGUUGGAAAGAUCUUUAUGGCGGUUUAUUACUCGCCGAAAAGGAUUUCAAUCGUAUAACGAUGUCUCGAAUGCAUGCCGAGUUCAUGAUGCGUCGAUUUCGCUGCAGGACAAUGAGGCCUCGAAAUUGCGAACCGGCUACGUCGCUUUCCGAGUUCUUUGACUUGCAAAUGUAUCUCCGUGACGAAUGCAAUGCGCCGAAACCAGGCUAUUCAGGCUCUGGAACUGAGGAAGGCUCCAGCUAA